GUCUUGUCAUUAUUGUGUAAUGACAUUUGCUUUAUCAUAAAUCGUUUAUAGGAUUGCUUGUUUUUUCAUGAAUUUUUAUUUUAAAAUUUAUUAUGAAUCGAUUAUUUAUCAUAGUAGCAGUUUUUCUAACUAUUAUUACUACUACACGAACUAAUGAAGUAUUAGGAUGUGGAGGGUUCUUGAAAAGUCAUGUUCCCAUCGAUUUUUCUAAAGUGGAAAUUAAGCUGAUUACUAAACAAGGAAUUGUCAAAGACAAAACCACAGCAGCUCCCAAUACUGGAUAUUAUUUUGUUCCCUUGUAUGAUAAGGGAGAACUUCUUUUAGAGCUUUCUCCGCCACCAGGCUGGAGUUUUAAGCCAAAAAAUGUAGCUCUAUUUAUAGAUGGGGAUACGGACUUGUGUUCUCAAGGAACAGAUAUAAAUUUUGUUUUUCAAGGAUUUGGAAUAACUGGAAAGGUUGAUAGUUUUGGUAGUGAGCCUAACAGUGCAGGUCCUAAGGGUGUAACUAUUCAACUGGAAUCUGACGGCGAAACAAGAACAACUAUUAGUGAUAAAGAUGGAAACUUUUUAUUUACGCCAGUAUACCCUAAAAAUUAUAAAAUCUCAAUUUCACAUCCCAAGUGGAAGAUUUUAAAAGAAUCUUUACAUGUCACUGUUGAAGAAGGCAACGCAGAAUUGCCAACAAACAGUCUUGUUAUACAAGGAUAUGAUGUAAUUGGUCAGGUGAAGAGUGAUGGAGAGUCUGUUAAAGAUACCAUUGUGGUACUUUUAUCUAAACAUAUAUAUCCUUCCAUGAUUACAAGCUGCAAUGAAGAACCUUUACAGGGCUUUAAAACUGAAGAUAAUUAUUUGUGUCAUGUAAAAACAAAAAAUAAUGGUGAAUUCUUAUUUCAAACGUUACCUAAUGGCAAUUAUUCUGUUGUCACUUACAACAAAAGACAAAAUGUUUAUGUUAUACCAGAAUCGAUUCAAUUUACUAUUUAUAAUAAUGACUUAAAUCUGGACAACCACUUUGAGAUUGUAGGAUUUAGUGUAUCAGGUAAAGUGUUGAGAUCUAAGGAUGCUGCUCUAGCUAAUGUGAGGAUAUCAUUGAAUGAUCAAGAAUUAACAAAAACUGAUUCUAAAGGUGUGUAUAUAUUGGAAAAAGUUAAAGCUGGAACACAUAAGAUCAAAGCAACAGCAGAAAAUUACCUCUUCGAUGAAGUAUCAGUGUCCAUUGAUCCAUCUAUUCCAGAAUUACCAGAUAUCCUACCAUCAGCCUAUAAAGUUUGUGGUACCGUGACAAGUGAUCAUUCACAGACAAUUAUCUUUGCCAAAAGUGGUAGUGCAACAUUCAUUCAAUCAGAAUCUUCGCCAAUAAAUGGCACAUUCUGCGAGUUUUUGUCUCCUGGAACAUAUGAAAUUAGAGUUGUUGUCAGUGACAAAAAUAAAGAAAAAGGACUUCAAUUCUAUCCUUUGGUUCAAACUGUAGAAGUGAGUUCCGAAAAAACAGUGAAUAUAGUAUUUUCCCAAUUGAAAUCUACUGUUUUUGGCAAAGUACAAUGUUUGGUACCAAAUGAAUGUGGAAAUCUGUCAAUUGUUAUGAAAAGCGGAGCUGAUAAUGAACAUAUGUUUAGAAUAAAGGAUGGUGUUUACUCUGUAAAUGAUGUAUAUCCUGGUGCAUAUGAAAUCAGCAUAUUAUCAAAUAAAUUCUGCUGGGAAGUUGAUAAGCAAACAGUAGUUAUUGAUAGAGAAAUAGUUGAAGUUCCAUCUUUCAUUCAAAAAGGAUAUACUGUUGUUUUUAUUUCUUCACAUGCUACAAAGUUAAAUUUUAAAAUCCCAGGAAGUACCCUUCCAACACAUUUUGAUCUACCCAAAGGUCGGUCGAGCUUCUGCUUACAAAUAUCUGGAGACUACCAAUUCAAUCUGGAAGGCUGUCACAGUUAUCCUCAACAAACAAUUAUUUAUAAAACGAAUGCAGAAAGUAAUGAAGUUCUUUUAACAGCUCAAAAGCAUGUUAUCAAACUCGGAAUUCAAUCAACUUCUGAUUUAGGACUUGUACAAGUAUCAGUUAAAAUAGCAACUGAAAAAACAGAGAGGAAAUUGAAGUACAAUAAUGGUAUUUACGAAUUGGAUAUUUUGUUGGAGCCUGGAGAAAAUGCAGUUGUGGUACCACAGUCUGAAAAAUUGUUUUUUACUCCCCCUAUUUUGUCUGUUAAAGGAGGAGAGGAUUGUGAAAAUUUGGGAGUUAAAUUUGUUGCUGUAGUUGGGAAACUAUUUAAAGGUAAAAUAAUACCUCCAUUAGAUGGAGUUAUGAUAACAGUAGAAAGUACAUCAGAUUCAGAAAGACUCGUUAUUGAUACAGACGAUAAUGGUGUUUUCAAAUUUCCUCCAUUAGAUCCGAAUAAAGAAUUCAAAAUUACAGCUGUUAAAGACUCUUAUAUUCUAACUGGACCAAACAAAGAUGGUAAUUUCUUAGCUCAUAAGUUAGCAGAAGUUAUUGUUGAAGUUUUGGAUAUAGAAAGCAAUAAUCCUCUAUCGGGAGUAUUACUGUCUUUGUCUGGUGGAGAGAAUUAUCGCAAAAACUUACAAAGUGGAGACGAUGGUAAAAUUAACUUCAACUCUUUGAGUCCUAGUGAAUAUUUCUUAAGACCAAUGAUGAAAGAGUACCAGUUUGAACCAAGUUCUAAAAUCAUACCAGUACUAGAAGGAGAAACAGUUAGAGUGAAGCUAAUUGCCAAAAGAGUUGCAUACAGUGCGUUUGGACAAAUUGUAUCUCUGAAUGGAGAACCUGAAUUUGACAUGGUUGUAGUUGCACGAGGUGUUGGAAAUUGCAGUCAAUAUUCUGAAGAAACAACUUGUGAAAAUACUGGUCACUUCAGAAUAAGAGGAUUACAACCUUACUGUUCUUACAAUGUUGUUGUCAAAGAAGGCUUAAGAGUUAAUAGCCUAAUCGAGCGAUCUGCCCCCGAGUUCAUUGCUCUUGAGAGUGUUAAAGAAGAUGUAAAGGAUCUUCGUCUGAUUGUUUUCAGCCCAGUAUCACAGAUGGAUCUUCUCGUUAAAACAUAUGCUGAUAAUAUAGAUCACUACAAGUCUUUACGUAUUAAACUAAUUCGAGAGAUUGGUUCUCCAACGGUUAUUCACACUUCAAAAAUUGAUUCUGUCGCAAAAAUAACCAAAUUAGUAAAUCCUGGAAUAUUACUUUAUCUUCCUUCAUUACCAACAGAUGGAAAACCUUAUUCUGUCCAAUUAGAGUCGUCAUUACAAGGAACUCAACAACAAAUUCAUUAUUUUAAUGCCAAUGUCUCUUUCAGAUAUUUGGAGUUUAAUUUCAGCUUAAAACAUAACAUAUCAGAUCAACCAAUAAAACAAACUUCUGCUUGGAAUCUAAUAUUUAUAUUUGGCAUAUUAAUAGCUGCUUAUAACAUUGAAUUGAUUGGAAAUUUAUUGAAAGAAAAAUUCAACUUCAACGUCUCUGGAUUAAGCAAUUACAUUCCAAAUUCUAGUCAAAAAACAGUAACUGAUUAUUAUGAUGAUGCUCAGAUAGAGCAGAUUGUACAAAGUAUCAACAGUGCCAAAAAGAAACCAAAACCUAAGAAACCAUAGGAGAAUGGACUUAUCUCAGUGUAAACAAUUUUUGUCAUCUUUUCUUGGAAUAUUAUUUAUGAUGGUUCACAAAAUACUUUGGAAAUUAUUUUAAAAUUAUAAUUAUUUAUAUAUUUGCUAUAAUUUAUAAACGAUUUAGUAUAAAAUUAUAGUCCCAUUCAUUUUUCUGAAGUGAUAAUUUUACAAUGAACCAACCUUUUUAUGUAUCUCAAUUAGGAUAAUAGGGUAUAAAAAUAUCUCCUGAAAUUCUAAUGAAUGAGUCCAAAAAAAAUAGUUUUUCGACUAAUUUAGAUUGAUAGAAAUAUAUAGCUGCAUCCCAUAAAUAAUAUUUAUGUACAGAGCCUUUAGAAUCAAUAUUAAUAACAUAAAUAAUUCCAACGUGGUAUGUUUCUGUUUAUCAUUUUUCUUUUGCAGAAGUUUUUUCAUUAAACUAUGAGCUAUUUGACUUUCGGAGAAUAAGUUGAGAGCAUAAAUAUUAUAAUAAACUAUUAAGGUUUUUACAAGAGUAAUAUACAAUUUAUUAAUUUACUGAAUUUUCUUCAUAUCUUCAAAAAACUACGGGGAGUGUAUUAAUGAAAUAAAUAUAAUAUGUAUUAUAUGUCCACAACAAAGUUGUACUUUUUGUAACUGUUGGUGAUCUUUAUCCUGAAUUUUGCUACUAUCAAUACACCCACACUCACAAUUACCUUUUGUAUUUAAAAACAAUAACGAGGUUUACGAAACACGUGUCAGAGAGUCAUUUUUAAUGUAGUGGUGGUAAACAAUGUCUUCAUUAUCCAUAUUCUGAAAGUCACGCUACUGUACAAUUCAUUAAUCGAAACACUUUCAUACAAAUAUAUUUCUGAACUUGUAUGUCUUUUAUUCAAUAAAACCGAGUGUCAAAGUGGUACUUUAAGUUUUGGAGUAAAAAAAGUCGAGAGCUGCAUUGGCGGAAUAUAGUAAUUUCAUAAGGUCUGUUCACAUGCACAAUGAUAGCCAAGUAAGAUUGUUAUUUAUAAGCGCAUGAAAUUUAAUUUAGAAUACAAAAAAAGACAUCCUUUGUUUGAUAUUUUUAUUCAUCAUGAAAAUCACAUCCAAAACUUGAGAUAGCUGUCAAAAAAAUUGAAACGCUUAAAAAUUUAAACUACCGUAAUUUUUUGAUGAAAUGUGUAUUAAAUUGAAUCCAAAAUUAAUUUCUACUUAUUGUACUUGGUAAAAUUGUUGAUUUCAUAUAUUUAUAAAUAAAUUAUUGUUAACAAUAAUAUUUUUUUAUAUAUACUUAUUGCUAAACUCUCCUUGUGGCGCUGUGCCGUCUAAACUUUUGAAGCCUCUCUUAGAUUGAUGAUCAAGAUUCUUCCACUAAGUUAAAUCCCAGGAUUUCUCUCGUAGUGCUUAUAAGAAAUUGAAAAUUGCAGAGGACGUUUUCUCAGCUAUUUCACAGAACCGGCAAUGCAGGUCAGCGGCCCUACCAGUGUUUUAUCUAUAGUAACCGGAUGCUCCGUGAUUGAGUCCACCUCCUUUCUGUUUAGCUGCAGUAUUGUAUUUCGGCCUCCCAUUCAAAAUGAUUUGACUCACCUAUGAACGUUUUGACCUGUUACAUUUCAUAUAAUUUCCAAAUAAUGCAGUGGUAACAGAAAUACUUUUGAAAUUAAUAAAUAUCUAUUCAGUAGUAAGCUCUUUCAGUGGAAUAUAUUUCAAAACAUCUUUUGUUGAUCCAUCCAUUUGCAGUGAAAAAUAUAGUUAUCAAAGGACUUUUGGAAACUAUGAUAGUGUUGAUCCAAUCAUGAUCUGAAUGUUUGGGAACUAACCCGGAUCACUUUCAUUGUUGUUCGGAAAGUGAUAGAGUUGAUCCGAUGGUAAUCAUAUGUCUGUUGAUAGGAAGAAAAUUAAGGUAGCGCUAUAGUAGCAAGUGGAAGAAUUUUAAAAAGAGCGCCACAAACUAUUAAAGUAGGAUAGUAAAUAAAAUUCUUUUCUGAUAGCUUUUAUUGGUAUUGAACUUUAUUGCAAAAUCCGUGCGAGUGAGAAAAUCGUUGAUAACUGCUCAAUAACAAUUAUUCAACAUCUAAAAUCUACUAUGCAAUUAAAUAAAUAUGGAAAAAUAAACGCAUAAAAAGUGAUCUAAAUCGAAAGUUCUAUGUUUUAAAGUUUAGUGUAGAAUGUGGAAUGGCUUUAAUUGCCAGAAUUCUUCAUUUCAUACGCAUCCAGGUCCAGUGCUCUGGAGUUUCGCACUUUGAGAGAGUGUGGACAGAGGUUUCGUCCUCUGUGCAACAAAAUCUACCGGCCGCAUUAUGUUCUAGGCCUAGCGUAUUCACGUAUUUGUUAAGACGACAGUGUCCCGAUCGAACUCCUGUUAGUAUUCGUAGAUUGCUCUUACUUAGGUUGAUACAUUCAGGGGAUGUACUCUGGUUAUAGUUUCCCAGAAGUGUCUUUGAUUGUCUCAGCCCCUGUAGGUUGCCCCAAUAAAUUGCCGAUAUUGGUCAGAUAAUAAUCCGCAUUGGAUGGAAAAUCAUACCCAAUAUCUACAAAA